AUGAAUAACGUCCCGGAAGAUCCAGCGAAUGGUCCUUUGAUGGAUAACGUGGAAUUGAGAAUUUGUGCGCCAGUAAGAAUAAAAUGGAGUAUGAAAGGACUCAGCAUCAAGAAAUGGAUCCCUCAUCUCAAAGAAGUUUUUCAUUUUUCCUCAUUUUCCUGUCUUCAAUUCAUGGAAAAUGCAAAUCUGUUUGAUAUCGAAGAUCUGCGGAUCAUGUUCAAUAGCUACAAGAACCUCUCUAUUUCAAGUAAUAGUGAAUCGAAUGUGAAAUCAAUUUUGAAAAAUUUCCCGACAAGACGCCUGGAGAUAAUGAAUGAUAUUUUUGAUAUCCUGGAGGAUCCUUAUCCAGUAUUAAUUCAAAAUUAUGACCAACUUGUGAUCCGUCCGGGAUUCGAGUUAGCAAGUGCAUUGAAGUUGGAUGAUCUACUGAUCACAAAUAGUAAAACAAUAGAUUUCAAUAAUUUAGACUGGAAAGAGAAAGAACUCAACAGAUUUCUCAAACAUUGGAUGAAGGGGUCUAAUCCCCGAAUGGAAACGAUUCAAAUUCAUUUUGUCUCACCAGAACCUCUCAACAAAUCCAAUAUUUUCAAAGGAAUCAAGUGCAGCGUAGUCCCUGCUGAGCAUACGAGAGUGUUCAAGACAAGCGUCGGGAAGAUUUAUGCAUUCAGAGAAGGAAUUGAUUUUUAUCGAAAAGAUGGGAUCAAAGCGACAAUCACAUUUUCGAAUGACGGUUUUCAUAGUUACUUGUUUGUAAUGUAUGUCUGGUAUCCACAUUGUGUGGGAUAG